AUGGUAGCAAAAAAGAGUCGCCUGUUGGUCACAGCUCUUCCGUAUCUUCAGAUCUUUUCCGUUUUUGGCCAGACGCCACCGCCCCAAAGUUUUGGUAGUACCAUACAAAAACGCGUUAAAAGGUACUUGUUGAGCGGAUUCGUGUGCUAUGCAGCUGCUAUUCUUGUGUUUGUCUUUUCUAUAACCUACAUAAAUAUAAUCGCUAUAAUCGAGGAAGUCUUGGAUUAUAAUGUGGCCGACUUUACCAAAGUAAUGGGUAUCAUACAGAAGAGCCUGAUUUCUGUAAUGGCCAUUGCCAAUCAACUAAACAUGCUGCUUAACUAUCGUCGCCUUGGCGGAAUCUAUGAGGACAUUGCAAAUCUGGAGAAGGAUAUAGACGAAGCCUCGCAGUGUUUCGGUGGACAUGGCCAGCGCUACAGUUUCCGCUUCCGUUUGGCUAUCAUUGUUGGUCUGUGGUUGAUUCUGCUGGUGGGUUUACUGCCCCGAUUCACCCUCUUUGCCCUGGGCCCCUAUGUCAGCUGGCCUAGUAAAAUUCUCACCGAGCUUGUAAUUGUAAUGCAGCAGCUCAAGAGCCUGGAAUAUUGUGUGUUUGUCCUGCUGGUCCACGAAAUGGUGCUGCGAUUGCGCCAUACCCUUCAUCAACUGCAGGUGGAGUUGGAGGACUGCAAUCGCCAGGAUAUGCUCCAAGCUCUAUGUGUGGCUCUCAAGAGAAAUCAGCUACUUAUUGGCCGCAUUUGGAGACUGGAGAGCGAACUGGGCAGCUACUUCUGUCUGCCCGUGAUGCUGCUGUUUAUUUACAACGGACUCACCAUCCUGCAUGUUCUCAAUUGGGCAUAUAUCAACACAUUCAUCGAAAACGAUUGCUGUCGCUAUGACCGGUUCGGAACUUGCUUGAUUCUUUUAUUCAACUUGUUAAUGGCAUGCCUUCUUAGUCAGCGGUGCAUUAAUGCUUACAAUAGUUUUCCACGCAUCCUUCACCAAAUUCGUUGCUUGUCUGUAUCAUCAGAUUUUCCGAUGUUAACCAGGGGACUACGUGAAUACUCCUUGCAAAUGCAACACCUGAAGCUUCGCUUCACCUGCGGAGGAUUCUUUGACAUCAAUUUGCAAUACUUUGGCGGGAUGCUGAUCACUAUAUUGGGAUAUACCAUAAUUCUCAUACAAUUCAAGGUUCAAGCGAUUGCGGAAACAAAAUAUAAGUCAAGCCUCAACAGUAGCGCUUAA